AUGCUCUCGUUAGAUGAAUCAUCACUGUUCACCAACGUACCCGUAGUGGAGACAAUUGACUUCCUGGGCGACUUCAUCAGGGAAACAAACUACCCGAUAGGCAUGACAAUGGAGACCCUAAAAGAACUACUUACGCGAUGCACACUUAAUGUCCAAUUCCUCUGCAACGGCCAGCUAUACAGGCAAAUAGACGGUGUGACAAUGGGUUCACCGCUUCAACUGUUUCUCGCAAAUGUCUUUAUGGGCAAGGUUCGAGCAAAGGAGUCUCAAAGAUACCAUUAAUGACCUUAAAUUGAACGGUUGAUAUGUGGACGAUAUCUUUUGCCUGAUGAGUAAUACCACCGACAUCAAUGGCCUAGUAUAGAAGUUUAACGAGGCUCACCCCUCUCUGAAGUUUACCGCAGCGAUCGAGGCAAAUAACGAGAUCGCAUCCCUCGAUGUCCUUCUACACAGACAAGAGGACGAAUUCAUCCAACGCAAGAUACUUAGAAAGAAAACCUGGACGGGACAAUACAUUAAUUUUCGCAGUUUUGUUCUCUUAAAUCUAAAACGAAAUUUAGUCCAGGGACUAGCAGCUAAAGUGCGACGCAUCUGCUCUCCUAAAUCUGUUGAAGCGGAACUCCAGCAGCUGCAAAACACGCUCCGCGAAAACGGCUAUUCAGAGCGAUUCAUCUUCCGGAAUAUUAGAGAGCGUGCCACAAAAUCAGCCGUUGCAACUGCAGAGAAGGAAGACUUAUUUCUAAUACUGCCUUUUCUAGGAGACGCAGCAAGCAAAUUAGUGAGACGACGUCUUAGGACAGCUCUCGCAAGUGCCAUCCCCGCGGCGAACUUGCGCGUGUUCUUCGUAAAUUCCCCGAUACUACGGCUGGGGGGCAAAGACCGACUGCCGUUACUGGCCACAUCCAUGUGUAUUUAUUAAUUCACCUGCUCCUGUGGCGCGAGGUAUAUUGGCCAUACAACAAGGCUUCUGAAAAAGAGGAUACGCAAUCACAUGCCUGCCUGGCUAUGUAGCGGUGAAAAUCGAUCGAUGUCGAGUUCAAUUCUAGCACAUCUAAUCGAUACGAACCACCAAACCGACGCGAAAAAAGCUUUUAAAAUUCUCUACGGGGCGCCGGCACACUACUUUAAAAGCCUGUGCAAACGGAUGCUAGCCACAGCUGAAGCGCUGGUCAUUUGACUGGCGAACCCAGCACUCUGUUGUCAGAAGACGUUGACACAAGCAGUCUGUCUGCCCUGACCGACUCCAGACGGUGAUCGCACGCCCUCCCGAAGCCCCCCGUCCCACCCCAACUCCACCAUCCUCAACACGCUGACUCCGUCAUGCGGGCGGCGUGGGAACAUGGAGUCCGAUUAACCCUGCCCCUGAGACGCAUUUAUCUCCUGUCUACAAUUUGACUGAUCAUAACCCAUGUAAAUGUACCGGCCUGAUGAUGGGUUACCGAAAACAUAUGUUCGCAAACCGACUCUUCAAUCCUUGAUAAACGGACAAGUGCGACAUUUUCAUAACGGCCUGACCAGCUCGCAAAAUUCGAAAUUUCAACUGAACUAUUUAAAUCGAGAUCGGGUUAAUAUUCUUGCAGAUCGUUUACGAAUAUACCCGCGUUGCGGUUAGCUUGUCCUUAAACCGGCAGGAAUAUCUAUGUCUUCUACGAAAAUUGAUCUUGAGAUCUACCGGUCAGAACGAACGCGUAAGCGUAACCCGCCAGAAUCAUUUACCACCAUAUUAGUUUCGGUUUCGUCUGCGUUUGCGCCUUGGUAAUUUCACACGUCUCCCAGCGUUUUUAUGAAUUUUAUUACGAUCCGGGACUCUUAUUAAAUUUCUUGCAUUUUGAUCUUCUGUGUUUCCAGCACGCUUAUGAAAGGAUCUCGAAAUACUGUUCUUCAAUGACGUCGCUUUGUUACCGCGGCUUAUUAUGUAGCUUUGAUGCUUAGUCUUGUCGGUGCACGACGCCUUCAAAUAUUAUUUGCUUGAGGGUUGAGAUUUCAGUUUUCAAAGUUGACCACCGCAGAUUUCUCUGUCGAGUUGGAGGACGAGAGGUGUGGACUAUAGUCCACACCUCCACGCAUACGAUGCGUUUUGGUCAGCAUGUUCCAUUCCUUAGCCUCCUUUGUGUAUGGCUUCUGCCCGGAGCGCAUUCUGCAAUUAUUUACACCUUCAUACAUGUCGACACCUUUACCGUCAUUGGUUUCGUGUCUGGCCUCUCUUACCCUGAGAAGCUGGUAUUCUGCAUACGUCGCACAUUGAGCAACCCAGGCAGUUGUAUUCCUCCGGAGUGACCGGAGGGGUUUACUAAUAGAUCGCCUUUGCACAUGGCUGCGACAGGGGAUACUACAUUUGCCUUCCUAAUCCGCGCUAUCGAUCUAAAUUUGUUUCUUGCUUGGACAGAAGGACGUGGCGAUGUUACGAUCCUUAAAUAUGGACAGUAAAUCGUAUGGUCAACGGAGACCAGGUGAACAUCUCCGGGCAGUCAAUUCUCUGCGACAGGCGGCACUAAACUUCCACUAGGGCUACUCUAAUACUGCUAACAGUUCUGAUAUUUUAAGCCUUUAAUGCUUCGGAUAGUUACUACACAACACUGACAGUACCACAAACGGUCUAGGUAUUCGUGUCCACCGUUAAUCCGCGAUUACCUUGAUUGUUGAAAGAACAAAAACACCAUCGCACCAGCAAAUAUGUUUCUACUGCGUCAACUGAGUUCCAGACAAAGGAGCGCCACUCAUAGUUCUAGUGGAUUCUUUCCCAGUAUGGUUCUACUCAUACAAGCACACAAGCGUAGAGGACUAUUAUUGGCAUGGUUCAAGUUGGUUGUGAAAGAUACGGCGUAGAUCAACAUUAAGUUCACACCUGAAAAUACUACUAAGAGACAAUCAGCCUAUCAGUCUGGAUAGCAGUUAACACCCCCGAUAGCACGUAGUCGCCCAGGGCUAGACAUCUGCUAGCCCGUUUGACUUUCUGGUAAGUGGAGGGCUAGUAGCCUGACUGGCCGACUGUGCUCUAUCUGUGCAAGGAAAAGCACUUUUCUGCUACACCCCCUUCCCUUGAUGCUCACCCGAGUGCGUUUGGCGCGUCACGCCUGGGGGGUCACUUUCCGCGUACGCACGCACUUUGUCCGGAACUUAGGCCCGUCUGGGGACUUAAAUCGCCUCGGGCUACAGCGCCCCCAACUCGCCCGAGAAGGCGCGUUAACCUACUGUCACCAUGUGGACAGUGUCCGCUAGGAUUGCUGAAAAAAUAUUCAAUCGCAACACUAGCCCUCCACCGGGCUAGCCCUGGGCGAGUAGAAUGCUAUCAGGGACAGCUAGGAGUACUAACCCUGAUUGGAAGCCAACUAACCUCCCUGUAUGGUAGAAGAUGCCACGUUAACCAUUGUCCUAAGAGGAAUUCCUUACUUCGGGGGAGUUGUUGGAGUCGAGAGAGCCACGGUAGAACUUCACUCUUCCUGAUUUCAUUAAGUCCCAUUUUCCAUACUGCCAUUAUGGUAAUUUCGAUUCAGACUUCCGUAAAUACAAAUACAUAAAUGUCGUCGUUUUGAAUUCUCGGACAUGAGCAGGAUGCGACCACUGCUAUGAAAAUUGAAAUCGAAAUUAGGGAUUCGAGGAAGAUGCCAGGUAGUCAAAGCGAUAAAUAGAUCCGAAACUUUGCGUUGACUACAGCAAUCUCGAAUGCAAUAUAUCACUACGGUUAAGGCGAGUUCGAUCCAACAUUUAGGCACUGGUCGUACCGACUUCCAGGCACAAAACCAAUUCUGGUAAAAGUGUCUACAGGUAUGGGGAUGUAAAUAAUGGCCGAAUGCACCCCGAGUAGAAGUCAUACAUAGUGGAAGCUGAGGAAUAGCACAUGCCGACCAAAACGCAACGUAGUCCACACCUCUCGCCCCCCAACUCGACUGCGAAAUUUACGGAGGUCGACUUUAUAAGUUGAACUCGACUUCUGCUAGGCAACAGUACCGAAUUAUUACGCACAUGGUUUUGUCAGCUGUCUGCCUGCCCGAAAAAUUUCAUCUAGUCUCCAUUAACUAGGCGAUUUACUGCUUUUAUUUUUAAGGGUGGUAGUUUCACUAAACCAUUGUGUCGAAGCGUACAAGGAACGCGUUUUCCAGUCGGUUUCGCAGACCGAAAAAGUAACAUCUUGGUUGUUUUAAGCAGCUCGUGUUAACUGUCUGUUCGGCUUGUGUGCCGGGAAGCUUUCAACAUGUUGGGUCUUGUAUGACAUGCAUGAUUAUUAACGUAAAAAAAUCCUCACCACCGGACUACUCUGUAUGCCGACAUUUUUCAAAUCCGUGCCAAGACCGGUAGUGGUUCCACGUUCCUCUAUUUGUCCCACAGUUUAUAUUCUGAUUUGGGUUUUUCUCUUGCAGUGUUCUGCUUCCAACCCUUUUGAGGACAUGCCGCACUAUUUUAGCUUUGUGUUUAUUUCAUGUUUGUAGAUAGCAUGUACCGUCACGGAAGUCGUGAUGACCGACUAAGUUCGCGCAACCAUGCGUCCUACGUUUCACGCGAUCGUGACAGGUCCCAUUACAGAGGGCGCGACACUUCCAGUCAUCGCAGUUAUGGCUAUGAACAUGAUUCAAGACGCGAUCGGCGGCGCGAUUCCUCACGUAGUGACCUUGACGCAUAUCUCCGACGAAAGAAAGAAGAACUCGAGCGUUCCGCAUACGAGAACAAUGAUAAAACUGUCACAGAGGAUGUACACUCACACAGUAAAAAAGAGUCAUCGAAGAAAUCCCACAAAAAGUCUCAUAAAGAGAAAUCGCAUCACAAGAGCAAAAAAAGAGAGUCUAAACAAGAGUCUGCCCAUGCAAGUGAAAUAGAAAGUGAGGACGAAGAAGCCAUCAUUGAAAGGCGCCGAAGGGAGCGGCAAAAACUUUUAGAGGUACGCUUUUUGGUGUAAAUUUCGUUUCUUUUAUCCGUCGACCAUAUGGCUAGCCGUUUUAACUUAUUUUUCGACUUUUCAGAAACUGGGUGCGUCUGACGCCUCUGUACACAAACCUAACUUAUCGCCGACCCGCUCAUCACCCAAAGAGGUAGAAGUCCCCGAAAUUUUUGCCUCCGAAACUCUUGUAAAGGAUUUCGUUAAUUUCCGAACAUCUAUCGACGCCGCAGGUGGGUAAGCUUCGCGUCUUAUGCGUUUUGUCGACGUCUCCCUUUCUUCAAAGUUCACCGUUUCCUCGAGAUACCUCCAUCGCUUUAAAAAAUUCAUGUGCCAUAAUGUGAUUCUUUCUGCUUUGCACUUAACAGUCACUGAGGCAGCAGAAACACCAAGCGGACGUCUCUCGGGCAUACAAGCACCUGCGGCCGUUGCCUUUCUUCAAGACCACAAGCCAGAUGCAGCGAACAACCACCAUAACGCCACUGCGGCCGGUACAGAGAAGCCGUUCGCCUUUGACAUAUUUUCUGGCGAACUGCCCAUCUGCUCGAAAGGAGUGCCCGGCACGAUGGACCCCCGAGCCCUGGCUUCAGAAAACCACUCGCUUGUUGACAAUUGGGAUGAUGAUCAGGGCUACUACCGUAAGUUUUGCCACACUGCAAGAUGUUUCUUUUACCAUCCUUUGAAGUACGCCCCUCAGGUCAGCUCCCCCCGCACACCGCUGUCCACUCCUUUCCCGCAAACCGUCCACCGUUAACCCGCAUAAUUGUCUUCUUCGAUUCUGCUAGGUGUGCGUAUUGGUGAAGUGCUCGAUAAGCGGUAUGCUGUUUACGGUUACACGGGGCACGGUGUCUUCUCCAAUGUUGUUCGUGCCCGUGACAGUGCUAGGGGCAACAUGGAGGUUGCCAUCAAAAUUAUUCGUAACAACGAAGUCAUGUAAGUCCCACCUCAUCUUUUUCCUCAUGGUCCGGCCCCCGAUGGUUUCAUGCACCAAUAUGAUUGUCAUACCUAUUGUGGCUUUUUCCUAACUAACCAUCCUUUUGUGGCAUCGUCAUCCCCACCAUAACAGGCACAAAUCAGGGUUGCAGGAGUUGGAGAUCCUGAAGAAGCUCAACGAUGCAGACGCCUCCGACAGGUAUCAUUGCCUACGACUUUACCGGCACUUUUUCCAUAAAAAUCACCUGUGCAUGGUUUUCGAGUCGAUGAGCAUGAACCUGCGUGAGGUUUUGAAAAAGUACGGCAGAGACGUGGGUCUCCAUGUUGCGGCCAUUCGCUCCUACACCCAACAGAUGCUCCUCGCUCUAAAACUCAUGCGCAAGUGCAACAUUCUGCACGCGGACAUCAAACCGGACAACGUGCUCGUUCAUGAGAACAAGAUCACCCUUAAGCUCUCCGAUUUUGGUUCGGCCUGCUCAGUGCAGGAGAAUGAGAUUACCCCCUAUCUCGUCUCACGCUUCUACCGUGCCCCAGAAGUCAGUAAGUGAAUUUAUUCCUCUUUUUUGGCUCCAAUAUUUGCCCGUUCGUGUCCUCACAUUUCCUGUCCUGCAUUUUAUUACAUUAUCGUUCACUAGCUUCGUUUGUCUGUGUGUGUAGUCUCUCCCUCUUGACGGCCGUCGUUUCGAACGAGAACCAGCAGCAACUGCAGCAACCACAUCUGCAACAGAAGUGGCUGAAAGCGACCCUGUUUUAUCCCCCGUGGCUCUACCUUCAGCGGUGGCAAUUUAUGGUAAAGAUGUGAGGGAGAUAGCGAUGCUUUCCUCCAAUACCUCCCCAUCAUGGCCAGCUCGUAGUUCAACCAUUUUGCUAUAUCAUUUUCUUACUUCUGUCGUUAUCUGACACUGACAUUAAUUAGGCCUAGUCUUCAGGUCAUCCGCUUACGCGUAUUCUACUUCCUCACGCGCGUGCCAGAUAGAUUUAGUUAACUGUCGUUCCUACCACCUGUAAACUAUACGACUGCCUAAGUAGGUGGAUGGUGGGAUUUCCCAGUCCUAAACAUCUGGGCGCCCAGACUGCUCGCGCGUCAAAUGCUAGGAAAGGACUUUUCAGUCACUUUUCCAUGCUGCUUUUCCUUCACUUCCCCUGUCUUUUUGUAAACCCAGCCUGCAUGUCGCGGUUUGGUCGUAGAGGCUCUCUUUGGUUGCUCUCAUUCGGACGAGAGCUCGAGACACAUUGCCUCCUCCCCCGUGUAUACCUGAGUUGGUUUUGGUGUGUCUGUCUUACCCAAGGACUAGUUGUUAGGCAUUUUGAAAUUUAUAGAGACGAGAAAAGGCUGGCAGUCCAUGAUUAAUUGAGUACGAAUUCACCCAGUUAUCUACUGGAUGUGACUGUCGAGUGUGACGCAGGCCAUGGAGGCUUUGUGGGCGGCAUCUUCCUUUUCACAUUUGUCGCCCAGGGAGUAACUGCUCUCACCAACCAGGUUUUUUUUUCGAGGCUGCUCACCAUCGUCGCUUCCCACCGGGGGGACUUAACUCGCUUGACGCCUAGCCCUCAACAGAAGUUGGCGUAGGCGACUUCACUGAGUAGACUAAAAGCCCACGACAUAAGUAGCCGACAAAGAUUUGGGCGUCUCGCCAAAGUUAGCUUUCCAUCCCAGUGUAUUUUGCGAUUCCCCGAGCUAGUGUUUGGGUCAUAUAGGCAAACAUCGGCAUCUCACAAAUUAGCACUGGUCAGUACUUCACUCUGGUUGCCUCAGAUUGUGAAUAUCUUAGUUUCCGUCAAGGUAUAUCCCUCUCACAUUCUUAAUUCGUCUUACUACGUGCGAAGAACAAUCUCACUGCCUCUACCCCUCAACCAGUGGCUCUUUGUAGAACCCUAUUCCGCCGCUACUCUAGAUUAGGGUCUAUAUUUUGCUGAGUUGUACUCUGUCUGUAACUCGGUCGUUUAAUCCCUGUUGCGUCUGUGCUCCUGUUGCCCCUCUCCCCCUCCUUCGCAAUCGUCUGCAUGGUGCGCGUGUGUAGUCCUCGGUCUGCCCUACGACUUCAACAUCGAUCUCUGGUCCACCGCGGUGACACUCUACGAACUCAGCACCGGAAAGAUCAUGUUCCCCGGGAAGACCAAUAAUGAGAUGCUGCGGCUGAUGAUGGAGACACGAGGUCGAAUACCGAAUCGUGUCAUUCGUCGGGGCACUUUCCGCGAUCAACACUUCGACGAACAAUGCAACUUCCUGUAUCAUGAAGUUGAUAAGGUCACACAGAAAGUGAGUCCCCUUUCCCCGACCUAAGUACUUAAACCAAGACAUCUACUUCUAAGUGAACGUCUUUGUAAUUGGAUAUAAACACAAAUGUCGAAAGUAGCAUAGGAUUGGCCAGAAGUUUUUUUUUCAGAAAAGCUAAACUUCAUAUCAAGUGUGCAAGCUUGUUUGGUAAAAGUACGUACUUACGUGUAGACAACUAGAUAAAUGAGGCAACAUAUCCAAGACGAUAUCAUAAGAACCUUUUGAGCUAACGAAUCGGAUAUGUUUACCACACAAAAAUUGCUGUUCAAUGUGCGGUUGACCAGAUGGAUGAUUUUUUUGAGUUACUGGGAGGGGAGGUCAUCAGGUGUCGAAAGCCUGGUCAGCAAGUUAAAAUUCGGAUGACUGCUCGGCGGUCGUUUCCGACGAUGUCUAUCUUGUGCCCCACAGCAAGGUGAGGGCAGAGACGGUCGCCCUCUCCCCCCAUCUGAGCCCGAUGUUAUGACAGAGUCAAGAAAACCGGAGCCGGGAGAGGGCGCAGGUGGCUGGCAUGGCGAAAACCCGCACCGGCUCAGGUCCCACUGAGUGAGUGCCAUAGAAGCCACAUUAAGAAGGAGCCAUUCCCUAAAAACAAUGAAAUUCGAGCGGUGCGACCUCUUCAAGGUCUCUACAUUUUGGGGUCAUUAAAACCCUCAAGAUGAGAGCUUUUGAUUCUUGUGAUUUAUUUGCUUUCUUUCGGGUAGGUAUUUUACCUACAGCUGGAGAUUUGGCACGUCAAAUAAGUGGACUUUCGCGGCGAAACCCGCAUGUGAAUAUGCCCUUGACUGGAUAAGGAAUUAUUCAGUAGCUUCUCCCUUAAAAGUACUUUUACGCACUGGAUAAGAAUUGUUGGCUUUUUUCCUAACUUGGGACCGUUUUAAUUACACUUUUUUGGUUUUAAGUCCUAUUCUAGUUUGACAAAUACACUACAGGGUGUCCCAGUAGGUAUUGGUAUAUUCCUCAAAUGACCAACACGCCAUCGUUUUACGACCCGAGCCGACAGAGAGGGCAGUAAUCAGUAGUCGUCACUAAAAGCGUCAGUAUAUGGGGCAGCUGAGAAAAUCCUUGAAUACACCUAGCGAGGCUGCAGUGACUGGAUCAGCGGAAGAACACUGCAUUUGUCUGCUCAGACGGCUCGAGCUAGGUCCCAUAACGAUGACUGCUUCCGCCAACUUCGAAAGAUGACGGCAAAAUCGGCCAGUGAUGACCGGAAGCAAUAUUGGGCUGAAAUAGCGACCUCCGUGGAAUAGGCCUCGAACGUUAGUGACGCUGGAAAACUCUACCAACUUAUUCGCCAAGUUAGCAGUAAGCCCUCUACACUGACUGACUGUUCGCGACGUGAAUGGCAGCUCUAUUGCUGACAACUCGGCCAAAGUCUAGCGCUGGCGUGAGCACUUCCAGCACCAUCUCAACUUCGAUACCCAACCCACCUUGCCCUUGUUGUCCCCUUCAGCAGAGUUUCUUCCCUCUCCCACCUAUGCAGUGACAUGCGACCUCUCUGAAGGAACAGUCUUCAGUGCCAUAUGAAAGCUGCGCAACAAUAAGGCAUCCGGAGGGGUCGGUAUACCCGCUGAAAUCUUCAAGUCUUGUGUCGACACUGCCGCCCUGGAUCCAUGAGGGGAUUGAGCGAACGAGGAGAGAGCAGGUUGUUCCCGAUUACUGGGGCUUAGGCAUCCCUGUACCUAUCCUCAAGAUGGGAAAGAAGACAAGAUGCGAGAACUACCGCGGCAUAAGUCUCAUCGACGUUGCUGCAAAGAUCUUCGCUAUUGUCCUUCUCAGGCGAUUCCAGGCUGUGCGUGACUCAAGGACGAGGCAUAAUCAAGCCGGAGUUCGGGCUGGACGCGGAUGCGCAGACCAGAUGUUCUCCAUGAGGCGCAUUCUCGAAUUUCGCCAUAGCUACCACUAACCAACGGCCGUCUGUUUUGUUGACUUUGCCGCCGCUUUCGAUUCCGUCCAUCGUGAGUCCCUGUGGUGGAUAAUGGCUCCAGAUGGUGUACCGUCAAAAAUCAUCGCCAUGAUCAAGGCCUAUUAUCGCUCCACUACUGUGAGAGUCCUGGUCCUCAACAAUCUUACCCAACCGUUCGGUAUUCGGUCUGACGUUCGACAGGGUUGUAUCCUGCCGCCCGUUCUGUUCAACUACGCUGUUGACUUCAUUCUCGGGAGGGCCCUACUCGAAGGUGACGGUGUUGAGUUUGCACCCGGACACCGACUGACUGGUCUCGGCUCUGCCGAUGAUAUCGCCUUACUUGCUUCAAGUUUUGGUGAUCUACAGUCUAUGGUGUCACGAGUGAACGAGGUCGCUAAAUCGGUCGGUUUAUCCAUAAACGCUGGGAAGACUAAAGUGUUUUCAAGCUGCAUCCCUGGCCAGGAGAGGGCACCCCUCGGGAUUGAUGGCUUUCCACUUGAAGUAGACAAUUUCAAUUACCUCGGGGUGUGGUUGCUAUCGAAUGGCCAGAGUAAGGAUGACAUGGUCUCCCGAAAUGAUGCUGCCCGCCGGGUUUUCUCAAGCCUUCGAAAAUGUGUAUGGAUCCGACGUAACCUCUCCAUCGCCACUAAGAUUCGCGUAUACUGUGCAUCUGUCCGGUUUGUCCUUCUUUACUGUUGUGUACGCUGGGCUUUGCGCGUGGAGGACGAGCUAAAACUGGAGGUAUUUGAUCACCACUGCUUGAGGGCCAUCCUUCGAGUGAAGUUCACCGACUUCGUCUCAAAUGAGAUAGUCCGCGCACGCUGCGACAACAUUGCAAGGAUAACUCAGACCACCCAAGACGUCGAGGUGGUUUGGGCAUGUUCUUCAUCGUCCACCUCAGGAGCACUGUGCUUUUGCCCUCGAUCCAACAAGGGGUCCAAGGGGGGGGGGUCAAUUCAAGACCUGGCUCGACACAUGACAUGGUGGUGGUUCUUUGACCUUCGGUAUUCGGUCUCCGUCGUUGGCGAACGGAAUAGGUUGAACUGUCCAGAUCUGCCACCGCGGAUCGUCACGCCUGGAGAGGUACAGUUCGUGACGUCAUUGAGACCGUCUAGAUCAGGCAUGAUCGUAGCCGCAUGAAGUAACAAGUAACGUCAAUUUUCUUAUAGGUGUAUACAAAUCGCAUAAAGAAUAAUCGUAUCAUUUAAGCGGAGGUUAAGUUGGAUGGACAUGGUCAACUGUUUUUCGGUGACCUAUAUUACCUGCUUAUGUGUAGGAAAAAGGUGCGGGGUUGCCUUCUGGCAUUGUUUCUGUUUUUGUGAGCUUUUCUCACUUUGAAGAAUGCUCACGAGAACGAAGUUAUGGUUUGCAAGAGUUGCCAGCAUAGGAAGUCGCCUACUCGUAAAAUUGUCCUGUUUCUCAGCCUAAGGAGUAGGCUUUUUUAAACAACGCUUUGGCCGACAACCGACUGAAAUACACAACUUUCAAGGUAUCUCCUUACUAUCCAUCCUCAAUUUCGCCACCCACCGCAGUCCCUUAACUCAUUUCUGCCCGUCGAUUCAUUGUCUUACCCGUCUCGUUCAGCGUGUGGUGCAGGUCUCAACUACACAGUCGCAGGAUAAGACUGACCUGCUCAUGCCCCUGGGGUGAUAGUGUUGUUGUUGAUGGUGAUGGUGGUAACCAUGACGAUGGUGGUGACGGUGCUGACCGUUGCCUGUAAACAUCUCCGUGGCUUAAUGUGCUUGGGAGAAUGCGGACAAUUGGGGCUGAUUUUACCGUCAGCGCUGCAAAAGCUGUCUGAAAGUAGGCCAACCCGUUUGGUCUUAACUGGGACGAUGCGAAUUUCACCCAGUCACAGUUAUGCUUAAUUAGUAACUCGUUAUUUCUGAAUUUUUUACGAUUGAUAUUCUCGUAAGCGGUUUCUUACAUAAGCUUGUCUCCUUUAUCCGUACCUUGUGAGCAUGCACUCGUUUUCCUUUAGGCCAAAACGACGGUGAUUCGAAACAUUCAGAUCACAAGGGACCUCCUUUCUGAUCUAACGGAUGAUCCACAUCUGACCUCCCCAAUCUUAAGAAAGAUGAAUCAAUUUCGUGAUCUACUCGAAAAGAUCCUCGUCCUCGAUCCUGCCAGACGUAUUUCUCUAAAUGACGCCCUUCAGCAUCCCUUCAUUGUAGAGCGCAUUGAAGAAACUUCUUGA